AAUGUCACAAAAAAUAAAUAGUACCAUUGCGAAUACGAUUGUAUUUCGGUGAAAAGUGUGUAUUUUGUAGUUAAUUUGUUGAAAAGUAAUCAACACUUGACGAAAAAACUGUACGAAUAAAGCUAAUAAAACAUGAAUCUAUCAGAUCCAUCUGGAGAUGAAGAUUCCAGUGGUGAAGACUUUGUUCCAGUCCCUGCUAAACGCUUGCGAGCUGAUACAUUUGGAGCUUCAUCCACAACAUCACAAGGCUCAGGUAUACCAGAGUCUGAUGAUGACUCUGCUGCAGAAACACCAACUGGAGAUUAUACAGAAGGUCAAAAUACUGGCCAUAAACCUAAUUAUGCAGAACAAAGUCCACCCGGCAGUGCAAGAGUAAACCGAAGCAGUCUUAGUGAAAAUUGUUCUUCCCCAAAUGAUCACUAUGAUGACUAUCGGCCAGGAUUUGAUGACAAUGAUCAAGGAGAAACUUCCAUGAGACCGAGCUUCCAAGAUAAUGAAAGUACAUUUUAUAAUAGAGACCCCACUAAAGGAAAUGAAAUGGAUGGUGCUUUUAGUAUGGAUUACUCAGAGAAAUCAAAACGCAUGAUGAGUAGUAUGGGUUAUAAACCCGGAAAAGGUUUAGGUAAAUUUGAACAUGGACGUAUAGAACCUGUUGAGGCUUCAACUCAAAAAGGCCGUAGAGGAUUGGGUCUGAAACCAUCUGUACUUGGUGAGGUUCCUGCAGACUUUAAAUGGUCUCCAGAUGAUUUGAAACCAGAGGCAAAAGAGGAACCGGUAUGGAUACCAUCUCCACCAGAUGACCCAUUACUAGGUGAUCAACUAGAGGAAUGGCUUCAAAAAGGACCAAAAAAAUUAACUAUAGAUGAUGAAACUCUCUUUGUAGAGCCACAUAUACUAAAGGGAAUCUUAGAUUCCAAGACUAUUUUUGAUACAUUGUAUGAUGAAGAUUUAAGACAUGCACGUUUUCGAAGUAAUCCAUAUGAAACUAUUGGUUCUGUCAUAUUUUUGAACCGGGCUGCUGUGAAAAUGGCGAACAUUGACGCAGUUUUCGAUUUUAUGUUUACAAAGCCGAAGAAUCCUGAUGGAUCUAAUGCUAUAGAUAAGAAAGAUAUACUGUAUUUUGCGGAUGUUUGUGCUGGACCAGGGGGUUUCUCUGAAUAUGUUUUAUACAGAAAAGGAUGGAAAUCUAAAGGUUUUGGAUUUACUUUAAAAGGACCUUGUGAUUUCAAGCUGUCCGACUUCUAUGCUGGAACACCAGAAACUUUUGAUGCAUAUUAUGGCAUUAAAAAUGAUGGAAACAUAUUUGAUCCAGAAAAUUUAACAUCAUUGAAAGAUUAUGUAUUAAAACAAACCAAUGACAAAGGUGUACAUUUUCUUAUGGCUGAUGGUGGCUUUUCAGUGGAGGGACAAGAAAAUAUUCAGGAAAUACUUUCAAAACAGCUUUAUUUAUGUCAGUGCUUAGCAGCAUUAAUGCUUGUGAGGACAGGGGGUCAUUUUGUUGUGAAAUUAUUUGAUGUUUUCACUAUGUUCAGCGUGGGUCUUAUUUACAUUAUGUACAGAUGUUUUGAUCAAGUAUGUCUUCACAAACCUGUUACUUCAAGGCCAGCAAACUCUGAGAGAUAUCUUAUUUGCAAAUGGAAAAGAUUAGGCACCGAGUCGGCGGAGCGACAUCUUUACAACGUCAACUCUCUUUUAUAUGAUGGACUGGAUAAUGAAGACGAUGUAACUGAGCUUGUCCCCCUAAGUGUCAUGCAAGAGGACACAAAAUUCUUUGAAUACAUAUACAAAAGCAACUGUGUAUUAGGUGAACAACAAAUAAAAAAUUUGCUCAAAAUAGCAGCAUUCAGCAAGGACAAAAAUCUAAAAGAAACUAGCCAGGCUAGUAUGAGAGAGCAAUGUUUGAAGUUGUGGCAACUCCCAGACAAGGUAAGGACGCAGCCUGAACGCCAUGGACCAGACGAUACAUUGAAAAGUAUAUUAUCUUUAUUGGAAAAGAAGCCACCCCAGUCCAGCAGUCAUCACGGAUUCAAGACGACAAUACUGAACAAACAACCACUUUACAUCAAAAAGCCCUCAGACUUAGAAACACUCAAACAAGUGUAUGACUGGCAUUUUAUGUUUUUGAGUAGUGCAAAAGAAAACAGUCCUGAUUUAAAAAUAUUUAUAGGCUGCGGAGGUAAACAUGUGCACCAACUAGAAGGCAGUGUUUGGAAAAUCGUCGUUGACUUGCAGUUGACUCUUCCGGCAAAAACGUUAAUAUACGCUGAAAUAUUGAAAGAAUACCGAGGAGAAGGCAAUACCCAAAUAUAUAGCAAAGCAUUACAUAUUGUUGAUGCUUUGAUGCUCGGCGGAGUGGACAUAUCGAAUUUGCCUUUAUCAGAAAGGAUCAACCAAUGUAACUUGUUCUGCACAGCCCUGAACAAGCCUUUCUACGGAUCCCAGGCUCUUCCCAUAAGGUGCAAAAGACUGUUCAAUUUGGAAAUGUUUACAAAUGCUAUGAACAAAUUAGAAUAUCGCGCCAUGAAAAGAAUAAAAAGAGCAGUUACCAUAAAUACUCCAAAUAGAAUUGAUGGAGCUGAAAUGUUUUAUGAAGUGGGAUCUCUUCUAUUCAUGAAAGAAAUAAAAGAACCAUGGGUGUCACAGAUUUCAAAAACGACUGGAUGUAAAUAUUACUACAAUAUAAAACACAGGCGAAGUGAAUACUACAUUACAGAUGACGCUCGCGUGGACAUGGUGACCGCCUUCACGACACGCUUGCAGUGGGUGUGGGGCAAUGCUGGCGCGGCCAUUCUUGAAGAUCAAGUGCACAAUGGCUUGUCUAAAGCAGCCUUCGAGGAUUUUAUCGCCUUUAAUGCUAAGAGAUAACUUUUUUUAAAUUUGUUUCUAAUAAACAUAUUGAUGUUA